CUGGCUCCGCCCAGCUCACUCCUAGGGGGCGGGACGAAGGGCGGCGGUGGGGGAAGAGGCUGGGCGGUGGCUGCGCGCGUGCGCCGAAAAGAGCUGAGGGGCAGGCGCACCGUGGCGGGCCUGGCUUAAGCGAUUUCAGACAAGAUGCAGGACCCCAAUGCAGACACUGAGUGGAAUGACAUCUUACGCAAAAAGGGCAUCUUGCCCUCAAAGGAAAGUUUGAAAGACCUGGAAAAGGAGGCAGAAGAGGAGGAACAGCGUGUCCUUCAGCAGUCAGUUGUGAAAACAUAUGAAGAUAUGACUUUGGAAGAGCUGGAAGAAAAUGAAGACGAGUUUAAUGAGGAAGAUGAACGUGCUAUUGAAAUGUACAGGCAGCAAAGACUGGCUGAGUGGAAAGCAACUCAACUAAAGAAUAAAUUUGGAGAAGUUUUGGAGAUCUCAGGAAAGGAUUAUGUUCAAGAAGUUACUAAAGCCGGUGAGGGCUUGUGGGUAAUCUUGCACCUUUACAAACAAGGGAUUCCCCUCUGUGCCCUCAUAAAUCAGCACUUCAGUGGACUUGCCAGGAAGUUUCCUGAUGUCAAAUUUAUCAAAGCCAUUUCAACAACCUGCAUACCUAAUUAUCCUGAUAGGAAUCUGCCUACGAUAUUUGUUUACUUUGAAGGAGAUAUCAAGGCUCAAUUUAUUGGACCUCUGGUGUUUGGUGGCAUGAACCUGACAAUAGAUGAGUUGGAGUGGAAACUGUCAGAAUCUGGAGCAAUCAAGACAGAUCUGGAGGAAAACCCUAAGAAACCAAUUGAAGACACUUUGCUAUCCUCGGUGCGGUGCUCUAUCCCCACAAGAAGGAACAGUGAUUCUGAGGAUGACUAAGACUAUGGCCUCGGAGCAGCUGACACAUUUCCUGAUAAUGUCACCUGGCCAUCACCAAAGAAAACCUCAACCAUUCUAGCUUUCUACUCACCACUUUCACCUUGCUUGAUAAAACAGAAGAACAAUCUAGAUGCUCUACCUCUACUUUAUCAAUGUUGCCUUUCAGUGAUGUCAUGAAUUAGACUUUAGGGACUUUGCAUUUCCAGUGUGUGAAGUAGAUACUCUGAAUAACCUGAUAAUAACUCAAAAUGUUGGAUAAUUUUUUUUAAUGUUCUUAAAUUGUUGCUGAACUGGCAAGAAAGGAAAGCAUUCUCAGAGGUCAAAAGUAGUUUGAAUUCUCAUGUUACAUGAUGUCUAAAAACUUCUCAAAGCAAGUUCUUAAAGUCAUCUUAAGCUGGUAAUGCCCCUGAGCUCAUGGCUAAAGCAACUGCAUAUCCACGCUGUAAGAACAGAGCUUUAAUGUAGUCCUCAGACACUCUUUAUAGAUAAAGCUCCAAAGGAACGUGAGCUCAUAGUCCUAAAUCACAAACCCACAAAAUCACGGGAUGCCUCAAAUAAGGUAUCCUGAAUGAGAGCCAGUGGGAAACAGAUAGUACAGUCAGACCUGCAAAAACUUAGGAUAGUGGAAUUUUCAGAUAUAAGAUAUAAAAUGAAUAUAUUUAAUAUGUGUUUAAUAAGAGUAAGGAAUAAGAAUUCUUUAUAUAAAAAUAAAUCCCUUGUCAACCUAUGGAAGAGAGAACGAACCAGAAAAUAGAGCCAAAUGAUUACUCAGUAGAUAACACACAAAGAUAAAUAGAUAGAAAUAUAAAAAUUAGGAAAGCAAUGUGGAGGAGAGACUGAGAAGUUCUAGCAUAAUCUUAAAAAGAGUUUUAGAAAGAAUUGGAAAUUGGUAAUAUUUGAGAAGAUAAAGACAUUUUCUAGAACCAAUGAAAGACAUGAGCCUUCAGAUUCAGAAAGCUGUAUAAGUCCUAAGCGAGUUACAGACUGUGUGUGUGUGUGUGUGUAAAACUGCAGAAUGUUGAAUUUGUGCAAGUAGUCAGAAAAGUCAUUACCCAAAACAGAGUAAUGGUAGGGCUUACUGACUUCUCAGCAGCAAGGAAAGCCAGAAAGAUGGCCCGUAUCAGUGGUUGAAGAAAAACAAAAACUACUAACCAAGAAUCAAUACCCAGUGAAUCUAUAUUUUUGGAAGUAAGGAUUAAUAGACAUUUCCAAUAGAAUGAGUAGUUUUGUCAUCAGUAGACUCUCAGUUUAGAAGAUGAGUGAUGCAGAAGGACCACCAUCUGUUGAAAGGUCUGAAGUUCAAGAAAGGAUCGUGACCAAAAAAAUAUGGGUAAAUCUGAAUGAACAUUGACUUACAACAGUACAAAUAAUGCCUUAUUUGUGAUAUUAAAAGCAAGAUGGAUCUAAAAAACAAGACAAAAGAGGGUUCACGUUGAAGGCUUAAUUGGAGUUCAAAUGUUCUUAGACCCUUAAAAAGUAGAUUUAGGAGGUUGGCAAAGAUACACAUGUAAGAAAUAUUUCAUUCAAGGUAACAAUAAAAGAAAAUGAGUGUGUAACUUUUAAAGUAGUGGGGGCAUGGAGGGUGGGAACCUCUUAAUUUAAAAGAAGACCAAAAACAAAACAAAAAACCAAAAGGCAAAACCAUAGGAAGUCCAAAAUGCUGGAAACCUAACACAGUAAUCACAAUAAAUGCAAAUGAACUAUAAUAGUCUUAUCCAGAAGUCAUGCUUGUAGGUACUUAACCAACUGAUGUGAAACAUAUGCAUACAGAGACCUGCACACAGAUGUUGCUAACAGCUAAUUUAUAAUCACCAAAACAACCAAAAUGUCUAUCAAUAGAUGAAUGGAUAAACCAACUGUGCUAUGUUGACAGAAUGGAAUGUUCAGCAUUACAAAGAAAUGAGCGAUCAAGCCACAGAAAACAUGGAUGCUAACUGAAUUAAACCAUUCUGAAAAAGCUGUAUACUAUAUUAUUCCCAUUAUAUGUCAUUCUGGAGAAGGUGGAGCUAUGGAGAGGCUAAAAAGAGGUUGCCAGAGGAUUGAGGGAGGGUGGAAGGGUGAAAUAGGUAAAGCACAUGGAAUUUUUAGGGCAGUGAAACUAUUCUGAAUGAUACAAUAAUGGUGAAGAUAGGACAAUAUGCCAAAGCUCAUAAACCUUAUAGUACAGAGAGUGAGUCUUAAUGUAUGCAUAUUUAAAAAUUUCAUUUAGAGAGGAGAUCCCUGGAUGGAAUCCAGGAUGUGAUAAAAUAAUCUAACUGUAUUACAAAUGUGUGAAACCACCUAAUAGAAGAGGUUUCAAGGGAAGGGUUCUGAUCUAAGUAACCUUGGAAAUGAAUCUGUAAGGUGAAAGGCAAAAGAAUCUGUAUAAGCACUGUACUCUAGUUGAUAGUUAUUUCUCACAGUAGUACGGGUUAAUAAUUCUGUUAGUGCUAGACUAUGUACUAGGUUUGAACAAUUAAAUGAAUAGCAGAUGGCAAGAGUCCAGUUUCACUGCUCAACUGUGGGGUUACAGAUAGCAAGGAGAGGAGGUUAAAAUGAUCUAUGGCGUAAUGGAUUCGAGUUGCAGACAUUGGUAUAAACUGUUUCACUUAAUAAAGAUACAGAUGAUUAUAUAUUUAGAUAGUGAACAUACAUAGGCUAGUAAACACAUUUUUUUCAUUGUUCUAUCAGCUAAGGUGACCCUAAAAGCAAUGACACUCUAGUAUCAAAGACCACACCUGGCCUGUAGAUACUGGCUUCUAAUACUGUUCUCCAAAAAAAGGAGCUAGGGCUCUAGAGAAAUGGCUGAUUCUAAAACUGGAGCAGGAAAUAUACAAGAUUAGCCUGAAGCAUCUUGUAGCACCAGAAAGGAAAGAAAUGUUAAAACAAAAACAAAAAACUCACAAUGAUAAGAAUAUGUCAAAAGGAUGAAGGAGGCAACUAAAAGAUCUAGUGGCUAAAGCUGGAACCCUUUGAGCAACAAAAUAAAUAAUGUAUUAUAACCCAAAGUAUAAUCCAUGAGUCCAUGCUGAUAAAUGAUUGAGUAGAUAAAUAAUUGGAGAAGAAACCAUCUCUCAUUCAGAAUCCUAAAUAAUUUAUGUAGAUACUCUGGACUUAAGAGAUUCCACCUUUAAGCGUGGGUUGCAUGUAAUGAUUUCCUUCCAAAGUUUAUAAUGUGGAAAGGUGGCUGGGAAGAGUAACUUUGCAGUACAGAGACCUGACAAACUGUCUCAGGCAGGUGAUCAUGGUCAAAGUCAACAGUGGUAAGUCAUUUAUUAGUAUGGACCCUGGAUAUGAUGUCAUGAAAAUAAUACUUCACCUCUUUGGUCUUCUUUACAAACAUCUGACAAAUCCCAAUUGAGGAGCAUUCUACAAAACAGCUUACCAGAACUCAAAAUUGUCAAGGUUAUUAAAAACAAGAAAAAUGCGAAAAGCUGUGACAGCCAAGAGGUGCCUAUGGAAACAGGACGAUGUAAUGUGUCCUGGAUGAGAUCCUAGAACAGGAAAAGAAUAGUAGCUAAAAACAGAAGAAUUCUGAAUAAAGUGUAGACUUCAUCAAUGAUUAUGCAUGAUAAUAUUGAUUUGGUAAUUGUAACAAAUGUACCAUACUAUUGUAAAAUGUAAUGGGGAAACUGGGUAUGGGGUAUAUGGUAAAUCUGUACUAUAUUCUUAAUUUUUCUGUAAAUUUAAAACUGUACCCAAAAAAUAAAGUUUAUUUUAAAAAUA